AUUUAUGACAACUAUUGGAAUUCCCGAGUCACGUGGUGCAUUGGUACUUACUGCAAUGGGAAUAACCGAUUUGAUUGGUCGUACUGGUUCUGCCUUAUUCGGAGAUCGACUGCCGUUUCACGUGGUCUACAUAUAUCCUCUCUCAACGGCGGUGAUGGCGCUCGGCAUCUUUAGCUUGCUCUUCAUUUCGUCUUUCGUUGGAAUGGUAAUUUUCGCAUCAGGGUUCGGGUUGGUUAUGGGCAUUGUAAACUCCAUGUUAUUUAAAGCCUGUAUGGAUAUAUUCGGCAUGGAACUUUUAGCAGAAGCGUGGACAGUAACUCUGGUAGCCGCUGGAUUCGGAAUCAUGGUCGGUCCAUCAAUAGCAGGUACAACCUAUGAUCUGACAAGGAGUUUCACAUUGGCGUUCUACAUAGGAGGCGGUCUUUGCGCCCUGGGUGCUGUCCUGCUUAUAAUUAUUCCUUUUGUUCAGAAGCGGAAACACUGGAACCCCAAAUCCUUGGCCGUGACAACGAGCUCUACCGAUGUGUCCAUGCUCACCGACGACUCCGGCGAAAUGUACUUGAUAGAAGCUCACGUCACCACUAUAUGAACAUGUACAUCUCAUGUUCGUUAUUUUCUUUGUUUAUUAUUAAAAAAAAUCAAAAACAACCAUGUGCAUCCGCGCAAUCAGUUGUUUGUGAUGCGCUGUUGAUUUAUUAAAAAAAAACUCUUUCUCAAGCCAAAGGUCACUUAAUAUAUUUGUGUAGCACAGACUACGGGGGAAAAUUAUCUUUAUAUCUGAAAAAAAUGACUGCCAUUAAAUAUAUUACAUAAGUGCGCCUUGUAAUAAUUCCUGUUGCUUGGGAUAAUACGUCUGAUUGUUUCCACCAAAGACUCGGCCUUCGGUGCAGAUGAGAGCUCAGAUAAACGCCCCGUGACUCGGUAACCGUGGGGGGCAAUUUUGAAAAUAUAGAAAUACUGGUCUAGCUGCGGGAGAAUGAGAGAACUCGUCACCCACACUGGAAGUCUUUAUCACCUCAUUUUAUAACUCAGGGUGGCGUUAACUCAAAUAAGUAUAAUAUUAUAUUCGUAUAUUUAGUCUUUCAAAGUUUUAGUGGGCCGAUAACAUUUUUACUAAUAUAUAUAUUGCCCUUUUGUGAAAUCGUGAUUUCAAAUUGCUCAUUUGUGCUCGCAAACAAGGCGGAGUCUCAGGAUUAAGUAUAUUUGUGCAAGAGUUUGAUUAUAUUAAUCUAUGAUAUUUGAUUAAAUCAUUGCUAAUUGAUCCAUUUACCAGUAUGUGCAUAAGCGUGGUAUAUUUAGACU